AGACCUCGGAGCUGAUAUAUAUUAUGAGUCCAUAGUUUGAUGCUUAAUUAGUUUAUGGCAAUAGUAAUACCGGAAUUAGCAGCAAUCAUGAGCAACGACCCCAACGAUAAUAAUACCAAUAUCAACGUCGUCGACGGCCGCAACCAUAACCUCAGCAGCAAGGAUGAACACGAGCACGACAUGGUCAUGCCUGGUUUUCGGUUCCACCCUACCGAGGAAGAACUCGUAGAGUUCUACCUUCGCCGUAAGGUGGAGGGCAAGCGUUUUAAUGUCGAGCUCAUUACUUUCCUUGAUCUAUAUCGCUAUGACCCUUGGGAGCUUCCUGCCUUGGCUGCGAUUGGGGAGAAAGAAUGGUUCUUCUAUGUGCCAAGGGACCGGAAGUACCGAAACGGUGACCGACCGAAUCGUGUCACGACAUCCGGUUACUGGAAGGCAACCGGAGCGGACCGCAUGAUUCGAGGCGAGAACUCUCGAUCGAUUGGUCUCAAGAAAACCCUAGUCUUCUACUCUGGAAAAGCUCCGAAAGGAAUCCGAACCAGUUGGAUUAUGAACGAGUAUCGCCUGCCUCACCACGAAACCCAACGUUACCGAAAGGCCGAGAUAUCGCUUUGCCGGGUGUACAAGAGAGCCGGAGUCGAAGACCACCUGUCGCUCCCCCGUUGUCUUCCGAGGCGGCCAUCGGACUCCUCGAGAGGACAACUCUCCACGGAAAAGGUAAGUGAAACGGAAGGAAGCAGUAGUACUAGUACUUCCCAUGUCACAACAGCUCUGGGACUUUCGAAACAAGAUGUGUACCGUCCUAUGGCUCCUCCUCCUAUCAGCACAACACUUGGAUUACCGUCCGGAAUUGAAGGUGAAGGAAUGUUCUUAAACCAGUCCAAGCAAGGCCGCUGCUCUUUACUCCCCAACCCCACAACUGUAUUUCCAUUAGUCCCUUCUUCUGUCUCGCCCAACGUAGUCGUCGAUGAUCUCCACCGGCUAGUAAGCUUCCAACAACCUACAUUGAACCAGCAUCAAUACGACACUACAAAUCAACCUAAUCCCCAUCUCCAUCUCCAUCAUCAGCAACAACAACAACCGGAGUUCUUGACAUUGCCUCAACAGCUUUCUCUAAACGUGCUACCCGCCGCACUUCCGAGUCCGACAGCCUUCUCAGACCGGCUGUGGGAGUGGAAUCCAAUCCCAGAAGCUAACAGGGAGUAUAACAACCCUUUCAAGUAGUCCCCGCUGUCGUGCUGCUACAUAUAGAUAUACUAUAUGUAUUGCUACUGAUUUGUAGAUGCUGUUUGAUUCCUUUAGAGUAAUUAUUUCUUGCUGCUGUUUAGCUAGAUGUACUAGGAACUCAACUGAAGGAAGGAAUACAUUUUGUUUUAA